AAAUCGCUCAAGGAAUUUUUAAAUUGUUUAUAUUAAGUACGACGUUACCGUUAUUGAAAUUAUGACGAUAUAGUAAUAUCGGCUUGGGAUCCGGUAACAGGAGGAACUAAGCACGAGGCGAUGAAGAAACGGAAGCGGAACCAUCGAGCUCGGUUACAAGAUUGUCGGCUGAUGAUAUUGACCUUUAUGGAUUUUGUCCCGAACGAGAUAUGUUUUAUGGAGUUGUCUGCGAAAUAUGUAAUUUCAUAGUCAAACCGCAAGCCCUAAUUCAGCAUAUGGAAAGUCGACAUCCCUCUGGAACGGUGAAUCUCCCACCACCGCAGAAUCCCGUAGUUAAACCACCCGUAAAAACGCCAUACUGCAAGGUCUCCAAGCUGAAAAAGACGACGUCGAUGCCGAUCCUUCCUUCGACCAGCAAGGUCAACAACACAGCCAUCAAAAGAACAACCGACCAGGCGAACUUGCAGCCGAUACUGUCCUUAUCCUCGCCACAUUCGCCCUUGGAACCGAUCCCGGUGCAAUCCACGAACAGUACAACGGUCGUUUCCUCGAGUCCGGUAAAAAGUCCAGGAUCGAGCGGCCAACCUCGGCGAAAGAGGCUCAAAACCGAUCGCUCGCUCCUGAAGGAUCGGGAAUACGACCCGGAUCGUCAUUGCGGAGUCUGGAACGAAGAAACCGGGAAGCCUUGCACGCGCUCCCUCACGUGCAAGGCUCACACGGUUUCCCUGCGUCGGACCGUCUCGGGUAGAAGCAAAAGCUUCGACAAGCUCCUCGCGGAACACCGGGCUGCCAAGGAGCUCCCAAACCGUCCGACGAAGGUUACCGUAACCGGCACGGUCACCGUAUCCUCCAACCUGAACCUAAUCGCCCCCAACACUCCCGUCUCGAACAGUGAGGCCGAAGUGCCGAGCUCGCCGCCCGUACUCUCGCUGCCGGACACCUACCCACUGCCAAAGGCUGUUGAUUUGCUUUAUCGGUAUCUGGCCCCGCAUGGCUCCACUAAACCUACCAAACUGGAGGAGGACUUCGCGAACGAAGAGCUGAGUCUGGAGUCAUCGUUAGCGAACUCGGCGAGCGCGUCGAGUUCCCUUAUGGCCCCGAUCUCGGUGGUCCUGCCGUCCCUGUCGCCGAUCCCGACGAACAGCGAGGAGGCGCAGGUGGCCACCCUGAUACCUGCCGCCGCCUCGCCGGGGGUGCCGGUCGUCCCGACGCCGGUGCCGGCUAGCCAGCCCGUUGCGACGGCGCUCGAGGGAGAGACGCCCGCCGACGUGGAGGCCGAACCGAUCGCGCUCUACUCGCCGGCGUCGCUCUACAAGGAGAACAAGUCCCAGGUGGUCGCGCAGAUACCGAGAGCGAACCACGUGGCCCAGUCGCCGACCGCGCGUACCUACCAGGCGCAGGCGUCCAUGCCGAGCCUCGGCAUGUUCGACCCGGUCGACCAGCUGGACCACGCGAACAGCCAGCUGGCCAACGGUAAACGCAUCAACAACAGUCACAUCGGCCACGCCAGCCCCGUGGGUCGGCCGAAGCGAAGCAAGCACGAGUUCCAGCAGGAGUUCCCCACGGCAAUCCAGGUCGAGGCCACCACCACCUCCACGCCCUAUUCGCACUUCGGCGACAUCUCCUGGUCCAACUGCCACCCCGAGCCGCUCGCCGUCAGCCGGUGGCUGCGCAUCACCUCUAGCCGUAAGCAGUACAACUUUAAUAUUCACUGACAUAAGAUCCCUCCCACUCCGGGCUAAAGGCUGCGCAAAACGAGCGUUCGUCAUCCGACUCUCUUUUACGUUUUCCGCCCGCCGCGUCUUAAGCCCGUCGAGAAGGGAUUUAUGUCGGUUUCGCGCGACCUCUGCCCGCGCCAUCGCGAAGCUCUUCUGCCCGCCGGUUGGCUGUGUGCUCUUCGCAUCAGGAACUGGGGAGUCGGCAAGCUCGCGCAUCUUGGCGGAGGUAUUUUCCAAAACGGAUGGCUCUGUGGUACCCCCUGCAGCGUGGCACGAUUCCGAGUUCCCUGAGAAUUUCCAGGGGAGCCGUGUCCGAAUUUUUCCGUUAAAAGGACAAAAUUAAAAAAAACUACAAGACGAUUAGAAAAACGUUUAUCGAAUACUAUAAUUGGAAAAUUUUAUUCUCCGUUGCAAGGUACCACGGAAUAUCGGCCGAGAUGAAAAUGCCUCACCUUUCCGCGAAAUUACUUACACGAGACCCUCACAGAGGUCACUUACGUAUUUAUCGUUAUUUGUCUUUUUUUUUAAAUCUUUUAACUUUUAUCCGACUCGGCUCGUGGAUUUAUGCUCCAUUUCCGCCCGAACUUUUUUGUUUUUAUAUUUUCACAAUGGCCAGCAUCCAUACGUUAAGUUAGAGCAUGCGACAAAGGAUUGCGAUUAAACCGUUCCUAGGCAUUCUUGCGACAUUUUAUAUCCUACGCGCGUACGUAGGCGAAGAAUUUUAAUAUUCGGAUCAAUUGGCUCGAGUCGCGUUCCCAAGCCGCGGAAUAUUUUGCACGAACGAUCCGAACUUUGUUUUUUUUUAAACGGCGACCCUUUACUCACGGUAAACUAGGAAAAUUUACGAAGAAAAAAUAUUACAUUCCGCCACUCCCCGCUGCACCGUCGAGACCGCGUCGCGGUUGCUGAUGCGAAGGCGUCUUUACAUUCGCGUUGCCCGUUGGUUAGGAAAACUCGGCUACGGCAAAACGGAAGUGCGAAAUACUUGCGAAAAGCAAUAUCGCGAUCAUACCUGUUCAGCGGAACAGAUUAUAAUAAGUUUUCCGGGAAAGAAGAAAAAGAGGAAAAAGGUUCGCGCUCGUUCCCGAACGAGCAAACCUGGCGUCUGUCCGCGUGAUAACGUUCUGGCUAGCCCGGACCCAAUUAUGCGUAUGAAUUUAGACGACCCGGCAUAUGUGACCGAGGUUUCGCGUAAAAAUACCCUCGGGAGCUUUCACGCUUACCAUGCUGAGCUUAGAAGAGGGCCGAGGGUGAUCUUUUAUUACCACCUGAGUUUGCGUCGCGGUUGGUUUACUCGCAAACCGAGGGAUCGACGAACCAGCGAGAUCAGAGAUCAUCCUCGAACGCUCCGAUCCGUGAAUGCGUUCGUGAAUUAUGCAUUCGGCGUGAAACUCAGCCGAGUCGCUUGCCGUUAAUCGCGCACUUCUCCUUACACCUGGCAAGGAGAGGUCGCGUCAAUCGGGUUGGAGAUUUUGACGAGCUUUGGCAGGUUGACCUAGAGACGAAACUAGCAGACGCGUACCCGAGCAUUCGUUCGGGUGGAUUUUGUUUUCCGAGUUGACAUUAACAAUUUUUUAGGUAUCUAAACGUAUCGAAUACUCCUCUUGGGUAAACCAGACAAAGAAAAUCCCUGACCCGAUUGACGCGAUGUCUCCUUGCGAGAACCCUCGAUCGCGUUUGGUCGAAGGAUCGUUCCGAUGGGACGUCUGUCGUGAGAAUGUUAAUUCUUAAUAACCUCGUUGUCGGCUGGGGUCGUUUCCUCGAGGAACGAAAAAAGCACCGGCUCCUUGUAAAUAGUAUUUUGUAUCGUAGGGGCUGAUCGUGCCGCCGAUAAUCGUGUCUUUUCUGCUCCCUCUUCUUCUUAGUCUUUCCUCGAUUCGUUAGGAGCGCGUAUAUUUUUCUUUUUUAUCGUUGACGAUCUCUUAGUUUCCUCGGACCGUGCGCGGAGGCGGUGGGUGAAUCUAGCAUAAAUUAUUGUUAUUUAAUUGAGAAACUUCCGAAGGCUCUUCACUCGUCGAAGCUGCGAACGAGUACGGGUUUAAUAUAUAGACAGUUUGCGGAAACGCUGAGACGGGACGAGAUGAUAGAUUUUUUUUUCUUUUUUUUCUAACGUUCGUCCGUACCAUUUCCGCGACUGGCAACGCGCCACCGUGUUUGCCGACGUAGGCCGUGAAUUGUGAAAAGAUUCGCGAUCACUUAAUUUGCGUGCCAAACGACGUGUCGCCCUCUAAGAAACGUUAACGAAUACGACGAACGUCGAGAAACUAUCUGUCCUCGGUGUUGGCAAACUAUUUGGAUGUUGCUACACGGUGAUCGAUGAAACUUCCUAGGAGAACUUUAAAGUUAGAAACGACGUUAAGCGGAUCACCGCGUAGCAAUUUAAUAAUCGACUCUCGUCCCGACUAUUCGGCGAUCCUUGUUGCGUUUCCCUUUACAUUUUGCAUCGGUUCGGAGAUCUCUCGAUUUCGGGAGCUCGCCCGGGGAAAUGCCAAAAUGCCGAGUCAAGUCCAACGGAAGCCUCUAGAUUAUUACGCCGAACGACUUACAUUUACCGUAAAACGUAAGCUCUCGCUUCGGGUAUUUUAAUAUACCGCGUUAAUCAAAUUCUAUCCAAGACUGCUAUGGACGCGCGCUAACACACGUACGUGUAAAUGAUAUAAACUAGCGCUACCGAAAAGAGGACGAACGACUUCGGUCGUGCCACUGGAAACGUCGAAUCGCUUCUCGUGCGAUCGCGUAUGCGAGUCAACGCGCGGCUAGACGCAAGUGUCGAUUGUACGCGAAUAUAUAUGUAAUUUGUAUGUAUCUUGUAUGCAAAACAGGGAGCGUUUCGAACACCUUCGUUGUGUCCACUUCGCGGUUGCGUGUACAUAUAUAAAUAUACAUAAACGAUAUUCCAUGGAUGUAAUCGGCAUCGCGCCGAGGGCUGCGCGAUUAACUUCUUAUUCUAGAUUGUGAUAUUUAGCCUGUAAUAAUUUAGGUAAUUGUACAUUGUAUGUCCGACACGAGGACAGGCGUACGUAGGUUCCUCUUAAAUGACGGAUCGUGACGUACCGUCACGGUAUAUUACGGAAUCCUCGAGUUCCGUUCAAGAAACGCUUCAACGUCCUUCCGGCGAGGACCUAACUGUAAAUACGAUCUCGUUAAGAGAUCGAACGAUCGAUUCCGCGUGGAUAGAAAUCGACUCAUCGACCGCGCGUCGCGUGAUAUUCUUUCCACGUCGCGAGUUUAGGAUCUCGACGCAGCGGCCGGAUUUGAGAGAGUCCUUGAAUUCUAGGGAAUUCUAGGCAAUGGAAAAAAUCAAGGGGGCCGAGGAAACGAUUGUACCGACUCGGCGGGGGUACCGUCUCGAUAUACCGAGGAUAAUCAACUACUUACAUCCGAUAAAUAAAUUAUCUUUUUUGACAUUCUGAAUUAAAUUCGCGAAAGCCCUGUAGCUCUUUCGUGGCGCGAACGGUAUUCUUCCGUCACGCCGAUAAGAAAUAUUUUCUUUUAUUUCUCUGGAUCGAAAUGUUCCUUUGGUUUUGAGGAAAUGAUUUUCGAUGAAAGUGGGACCGUUUAUCCGAUGUGAGUAUUUGAUUGGACGUGGUAUCUGGCGAGGUCGAAGUAAUAAAUAGACCGUUUAGCUAGAGAAACUCUCAUUACAAAUUUUCAAGCGCCGGCAAGUUUCAGGAUGCAUCCCUCACGCGGCUUGUUCUACUUAAAAGUCUCCAGUAAACUCAAAGAAAAAUUGUAGCUACGGAUCAUGUACGGCUUAACCCUUUCAGGCCAAAGGGUCGAAAGGUCUCUCUUGAGAGUAUGAUCAAUGCUAGAGUAAUAAAAUGAAGCCCAGUUUAUUUAACGCGAUUAUCGAUACCCCCAGCUUAUGAAUAUUAAGGAAGUAAUUAUACCUCACCGACGUCAUUGACCGGGCCUGAGAGGGUUUCGUCGAUCGUCAUUGCUAGGGACAGAAAUGAAUUACGUAUGACUCGAAAUAUAUACAAAUCGCGAAACCGAUAUUGGCUUAGGGAGCAAUGGAUUAAUCGAGUCGUACGAUAGCGUAUUAUGUAAAUAGAAAUGCAUGCAGCUGCUGACGUAUUACGAAGUACCUUGUACGUUGUGCACGUGCCGAUUAAUGUCUGAAUUGUAUUUUUUUUUGUACAUUCAACGAUUUCGGUUCCGUUUACGGCGGCGUGAAGUCCGUCGAAAGAUUAACGGGGGGUUGCAAUUGUGGAAAAUGUUAGAAUGAGAAAAAACGGGAAAUUUGGAUUAUUACCGGUGGCCAAAUUUUUGUACGUCCUCUGGCUGCUCCGAAAUCUCUUAGGGUUUGCAAUCCUCAUGGGCUAAUACCUAAUGACGCCCACUGCACGUAGGAGUGAAAAUUUAUAACGACUUGCGUGAGAUUAGGCUAUUAUUUCUACAUAUAUAUCACCCUUCUAUACCUCAGAUUAUUAUACAGUCUAAAAUCGAGGACGUUUUUACGAUCUCGCUUUGAGUUCGAUGUCGCUUCGGUUGCCAGAAAUCUUUGGCGACAGUUUCCCCGACGGUGCGGGAGGCUGAAGCGAAAUCUUACUAACGUUAAGAAAUCGUUUGUGGCAUUUAAUUUAAAUAUAUUUUUUAUAUUUAUUUGUAAUUCGUUUAAUUUUUACUCCACCUCCGCCACUGACCCACGAUGCUCGUUUUUCUUUCGUUCAUCGUGAAAACUCUUCGAGUAUAUUUAUGUGCUUCGGUUCGAGUAUUCUUAUUCUAAUCAACUUACGCGUUUGUCACGCUAGUUCUCCAUCUCGACAUUGUGAUCUUCCAUGAAAUCUGAAUUCCACGCGUUCUCCUGUAACUUGAUAAUCCUUGAGGAUAUUCAGCUUGAUAACUCGAUCGUAACAUUCACAAGUACGUAUUAUAGGAGGAUGUUCUGCCAAAGUUGCGCUUACAAGUCGACAGAGUGGUCUGGAAUAUCUAAUUAACAAAUACAAUAAGACUCAACGACAAAUCAUACCUUUUUUGUCGAGAAAAUAACCGAGGUUCCUCCGAUUCAUUGCGUACGUGCAUUUGUUUUAUAUCGACUGGCUAGUUUUCUAAUCGCGCAUUUAUUCCCAGAGUGCGAUACCUUUAAGCAGAGUCGUACGUUUAAAUAGUUCCAUUAAUUACAUUAGUUAAAUAAUGAAGUCAUUAAGAAAGUAAAAGUAAGAAGUAGAGACAGCGUUCUCGCACUCUCCUACUGUUCUCAGGCAAUACAGGAACUUCUUAGUCGAACCCUUUUGCCGUACGUUACGCGUUAAUAUAAAAUAAAUAUGUAUAAAAAAGGAAAACUAAAAAAAUACCUUACGAUGUCGCAAACUUUGUCCAACCGUUUCAUCGCGAUUUCCCCAGAUUCACGUACAACCUUAAAGUACCUCGUCAUUUAGUGCACAUUUUUGUCGAUUCGAGUUUUGUGGAGUGUGUAAAUAAUGAUCUAUUCGUUGUGACGAUAUGUCGAUCGUUUACUGUAUAAAUAGCUCCAGGGAGUUCGUUCAUCGCACGUAGAUUGAUUUGAGGGCGCGCAAUGUAUAGUAGAAUUGUGUACUCGUACGAGUACUUUAUACCGAUAACGGCGAUAUACGCGGGACAAUGUAAUAAAACUCUUGGACACAGCGCAUGUACAUUACGAUGUAAUAUAUUAAACAAAAGCGAAAGUUACGGACGUUUAUCAUCAGUAUUGUUGUAUGAUAGCCAAUUAUUCGACCUGCAUGACACAAUUACGAUCGAAUUGCCACGUCAAGUAAACUACGCGUAAAAUCGAUCACGCAAGCUUCGCUCAUGAUCAAUAUGAAUUACGCAAAAGCUUUGUGAGAGCAAAUAAAAGUGCAUCUUAAAA